AUGAUAGAGAAUCACACAAUAAACCUGCCAUCGCCGCGUCCACUCCCCGAUAGAAAUAUUUCCAUCCCAUAUUUUUUUGUAGGCGGUAGUGCCUUUGCUUUAAGUGAAAACUUGAUGAAACCAUAUGGUGGGACACAUCCAAAGGGUUCAUCGAAGAGAAUAUUUAAUUACCGAUUAAGUAGAGCUGGACGGAUUGUUGAGAACGUAUUUGGAAUUAUAUCGUCUGUGUUCAGAGUUUUAAGAAAACCAAUGCUUUUACAGCCUGAUAAUGCUGAAUUGGUAGUUAUGGCAAUCGUUCUUCUACAUAAUUAUUUGAAACGUCAUUCUAGGAACGUGUUCAUAACUCCAGGAUUAGUUGAUCAGGAGGAAGAAGGAAUUUUAAAUGAAGGUUCAUGGAGGCGAAAUAAUGACGACAUGACAUCAUUACUGCCCAUAAGAAAUAUUCCCAGACGAUCACCUGCACAUCUAAAUGCUAUCAGAGAUGAAUUGGCUGAUUAUUUUACGAAAGAAGGAAAGGUUUCUUGGCAAGACAGAUGUUCAUAG